AUAGCGGUCUCUUUUGGUGAGGUUUGUUCGCAAGACAUGGCUACGCAAGAGCAGCGAGAGAAUAAGUAUGUGACAACUUCUUCACAGUACAAACUUUGUACCAUGCUCACGAAGACGCAAAGAAGGUUCUCCUGCUAGAUAGGAACGAAAACUACAAGUUAUACGUAUAAACAUAAAGAUGAAGGGAACGCAGAUGUCUUUCUACACAGUUGUCUUCUUGCUGGCAGAUGUUGUUCGAUGUCGUGCACUAGUGGCACCAGAGCACAUCGACCCUAUCUGCAACCACGAUGGCCAACGGGAACAGCACUGUGCAGAUGAGAAAUUCCAAUGGAUGGCUUUGUUGUCCAGGGAGUACUGCUGUGGCGACGUGGUGGACAAGCAGGACAACGAUUCGUGUUAUUGGUUCGGCAUGUUGCUGCCUCCUAGAGACGAGCAGGGUGGUGAAAUUGCUCCAGGAGAAUUGGGCCAAGCACGAAUUUCAGUCUCAGUUCCCAACCUACGGACGGGUCUCGAGUGUCAGCAUGCGUGUUUGUCGGAGCCAGGUUGCAAGACGUGGAGCUUUGUCCAUUCGCAAUCACAACUCGCGGAUCUUCGCUUUGCGUGCUUUCUACUUAAGAAUGGUCGUGGUGAGUAGUUUUCCAUGUUCAUCUUAUAAAUAUGGAGCUAAUUUGGGUGAAAUGAGGCAUACGAGUUCUUUCGCUUGGUGAGUAGUUGUAGCAUCGACUGGUUCCAGUCUCAGGGCAGCAAGUAGGGGUAGGGACGCCAUCUCGGUGGUCUAAGGGUGACCAAUGUCAGAGUAUGAUUCUCUAAUUCGCCUUUUUAAGGUGUGCUUCUAACCUGUAUUCCAGCCACCUAGACGAUCUGCCUCUUUACCUCUAACCUCCAUUCCAACCAUCUAGAGGACUUGCCUCCGGAGCAGCUUGCUUCUGCGCCGGGCACAGUGAGUGGCCGGCGCUGCACCUGUAAGACGUGUGAGACGCGAGUGCCGACAUUACAAGAAACCGUUUUCUUCGGUCGUGGCGCACCUCCAAGUCCAACGAGUUCGGAAGCAGGAUCGUCUGACGAUUUGGCUUAAGGUUUUUCUUUGGGUGCUGUAUAGUUCAUUUCCACACCGACUUGAAGCAAUCGUGCGUAUAUGUCAUUUCCAACUGUUGGACAAGAAAAAAAGUUAGCAAGAUCCAAGUCGUUUUCCCUUCCAGGACAAAAAUGAACUACAGCACCCGGAUGAUCUCCUCUACUUGAUUGCGGCUGGCGGUUUACUCGGUCAAGAAAAGGAUGAAUUCCUGACUGCAAUGGCUCGGGACGGUUUUUACGUUUUGCGCAAUGCAAUCUCUGCAGAUCUUGCCGAUCGCGUGCGAAGCAAAUGCGCAACGGUUUCGGACGACAUGCUCUCGAAAGAUCCACAUCUUAUGUGGUUAGAACUACUAUGCAUCUAUAGAUUCCCCUUUGUUUCCUUUUCGAGGUGUGCUGCAAAUCUUGAUUGGCUUUCACCCUUUGGUGAAGGUUUAGGCCCUGCGGCGCUCAAAGCACUAAGUAAAACAACCGGUUAGUUUUCACCUUGUUGAUCGCAUUAGUUUAGUAGGCUUAUCCCGUGCAACACUAUAGAUUGAGUUUGAAAUUGGUAGGUUGUAUGUUGUAUGUUGUUUGUGUCCUGUCUUCUUCCAUUUAUGGUUUUUCCAGUUUAUACCUCUUGUUCCUUCUCCCUUCAUCUCGGGUCUAGGAAAUCGUGGAAACCGGCGUUAUUCUUUGGGGUCUGCGCAGAAAACGCACCAUCUAGUUCACGAGCCUGAGUGGGUGGAGCUUUUGAAUACUGAGAAAAUUCACCAGUUAGUGGACUUAUUAGGGGAUUACAUGGUUGUAGGCGGAGGUGGCGACUUGGUCCUGGAUAGGACUGACACACAUCAGUGGUUGCAUUCCGAUCUGCCGAGGGAAGUUAUGUGAGGUCCGUACAUGUUCUUGUAUCCGCAAAACUACUAAAAGUUAGUAGACCACUCGUCUUCUAAACACGAAAUGUACGACAGUGCUCGUCGUGCACCUUCGGCCUGAAAGUUACAUGUUUGGCCUGAGAUACAUAGUUCAACGGAAGUAAGGAAUCACUGAUUUUUGAUUUUGAUUAGGUGGGACGUCGAACAACAACAUGCAAUGAAUCACUCAGAAUGGUAACGAAGCUUCGUAUCCGUGAAAAUUUCCUCUAAACAUGAGAUGUACGACAGCGCUCGCGCACCUGCUUUAGCGGUGAAUUUUGCAGUGCAUGAUAUAGAUUGUGAGAUGGGCAGUCUGCGGAUUUUCCCUGGUUCCCAUCGCAUGCUUUUUGAAUCCGUGAAAGUAGGUGAAGAGAAGAGAAAGCUGCUGGGCGGCGUGAAGUAUGUCUGCCCGUUGAUUAGGACUGACACAAAUCAAGAUCGAGAACAAUCUGUGUUGUCCACAAGAAGAGGAUAGUAGAAGGACUCAGUAUUUAAAUUGAACACUUUCUUCAGACUACUUAACAGCUGCUGCAUAUUUCGGGUACUAGCUGUGGCUGUGCAAGGUGGUCGUCUAUCAAUUUAGGCAGGCACUCUUUCACUUAUAAUAAGGACAUGAAAAUUGAUAUCGAGACCUCUAAAGUCAGAAAAGGAGAUGCAGUGAUACGGGAUCUAAGGGCCUGGCAUGCGGGAUCGGCUAACUUGAGCAAGAGGACAAGGUUCUUACCUAGGCAUUUUCUAGCUUUUGGUUCGAAGUUUUCCGUUUCACGACUUGUCGUGUGUGUUGUUGUCUCUUAGAUUAAAUUCUUUCAGGUAUUUCCCGAACAUCGAGUUCUUAUCGCAGUGGUUUGCGGAUGCAACUCGCGAAUACGGGGAUCAUUUGAGUCCUAGGCAGAUUCUACCACGUUCGCACUGGGAGAAGCUGAUCCCUUCUGCUAAAAAAAAUUAAGGCUUGGAAGACUGAAACUCUUACUCUUCAUGCUUUUUGUUUUUUGCAUUAGAAAGACUCACUCCUGCUGUCACCUGACGAGUACGGUCUUCAGACCUCUCUAUUCCAUCUAAGAUAAAGCCGGCCAAAUCAUCGCCGCAGAAGACCGUGAACUGGAAACAGGUAUGCUACCAGAUAUCGUGUUGCCACAGCCCAGUGGUUAGGCUUAGAUGUGAUUCGAUUGGGUAAAGACGAAACAAAUGAUUGACCAUGCAGGCAUGGACUCAGUAAAUAUCUAAUGAACUGAGUUAUAACAUCGAAUAGACCAUCAACAUGAUCAACGCGACGAAGGUGCUAGAAUUCUUCACAUUUAGUGACUUAGUACAGUGGGACAAAAUAAGCCUAAGUAGGAAUGAAGACGAC